AUGUCUUUCACCCAUAAAAAACCCGAGGUUCUCUCCUCAGAAAACACCGGGCCCCAAGUACCCAAGCAAGAGAGCACAUCCCAGAGUCUUUCCCAACGUGUUUCCCAGCCUGAGAACUCCGAGAACAGGGACUAUGCAGUGAAUACAGGGGGUGCCGAGAACCAAGAUAAUGCCGAGUACCAAGAGAAGGCCGAGAAGACCAAGGACCAAGGCCGUCGCGGCACUGCUGCGGUCAUGGAGGAUCACCACGUCAGCAGAGAAGCACUGAAGGGUCCUCAAGGUCAAGCGCCCCGUACAGCAGAAGAAUUCGAGAAAGAAAGGAAGGCUGGCAAAGCCGCCGAUGGAUCGCGCUCUGGUGGCUCGACUGAAGCUAAGGGCAGUGAGAACAGUGGCAAGCAAAGUACCAUGGAGAAGAUAAAGGAGAGGCUUGCGCACCCGUUACAUGGCAAGAAAUCUGAGUAG